UGUAGUGUCUGUGAGGCUGUAGCCUGAUACCCUUAUGGCACCCUAAACCUGAGGAUCUAUUACCAAGGAGUUUCUGCACAAAGGAAUAUAUACUACACACCAGCUUAUCAUCAUUUUUGUCUGCUGUUUCUUACGUUUGGUUUUUCCACAUAUUUUAAGAAUUGUUUUCUCCCUCUAAAACAAAGGGGUUUGGUAAUAAGACAUGCGUUCAGUAAAGAAGAGAUGGACUAUCUGCACCAUAAGCAUCCUUCUGAUCUUUUAUAAAACGAAAGAGAUUACAAGAACCGAAGAGCAUCAGGAUUCUCAACUCAACGGAGAAGGGGAACUCACUCUGAGUAGACUGAUGGUAAAUAAUUCAGACAAAUUCCUUCGAAAGGAAGGAUCUGCACUUUUUCACCACUCUGGAGAAGGCUGGAAAAUCAAUUCUUCCCUGACUUUGGAGAUAAGAAAGGAUAUCCUCCGGUUCUUGGACGCAGAGAGGGAUGUGUCUGUAGUUAAAAGCAGUUUCAAGCCUGGAGAUGUAAUUCAUUAUGUCCUGGACAGACGUCGCACUCUAAACAUUUCUCAGAACUUACACAGUCUAUUGCCUGAAGUAUCACCUAUGAAAAGCCGUCGCUUUAGGACAUGUGCAGUCGUGGGAAAUUCUGGAAUCCUCCUCAACAGCGGAUGUGGCAAUGAGAUUGACAGCCAUGACUUUGUAAUAAGGUGCAACCUAGCUCCCGUGGUCGAGUUUGCUGCCGAUGUUGGAACCAAAUCUGACUUUAUAACUAUGAACCCAUCAGUGGUACAGAGGGCAUUUGGAGGUUUUCGCAAUGAAAGUGACAGAGAGAAAUUUGUCCAUAGACUUUCCAUGCUCAACGACAGCGUCCUAUGGAUCCCUGCUUUCAUGGUCAAAGGCGGAGAGAAGCACGUUGAAUGGGUUAAUGCAUUAAUCCUCAAAAAUCAGCUGAAAGUCAGAACAGCGUAUCCAUCACUGAGACUGAUUCAUGCAGUCAGAGGGUACUGGUUAACCAACAAAGUUCAGAUCAAGAGACCAAGCACAGGACUUCUCAUGUACACAUUAGCAACUCGAUUCUGUGAUGAAAUUUAUCUGUAUGGGUUCUGGCCUUUUACCAAGGAUGUAUAUGGAAAUCAAGUCAAAUAUCAUUAUUAUGAUGAACUAAAGUACAAAUAUUUUUCGAAUGCAGGCCCUCACAGAAUGCCCCUGGAAUUCAAGACUUUGAAUUUAUUACACAACAAAGGAGCACUUAAACUGACAACUGGAAAAUGUAUACAGCAAUAAACAUACAGAAAAUACUGAUUAGAGUAAGCCAUCUCUCAAGAGACAAGGAUGGGAAUAGCCUGGAAAGCUGGAAAACUGGCAGUUGCAAGGUGCUAUAAACUAAUGUAAAAACCUAGUUCAAAACAAGUGCCACAUUUGUUCACUGAAAGUCUGAAUGUUUAUCUAGUGUUUACAAGAUCUACAAAUGCAAUCACAAUUAAUGUUAAAAAAGAAAAGUAAACCCAUUGAGUGUUGCUGGUGGGGUUAACAAAUUGUAAUAUUGAAAGGUGUUUCUAAGUCUGGAGGGAAGUCAUUACCUAGUUUACAUUGAAAUCUGUUAAUCAGUAUUAAUUGAAGAUUCAUUUAAUGCCAAAAGUUCCAUGGGUUUUAUUGUGUUGUACUUAAACAUUGUAUUGGUUUUUUAUAAGACUUUUUUAGAUUAGAGGAUGAAAAUACAAUAUUGGAAUGGAAAAAGAAACAAAAACAAGAUGUGAUUGCUACACAAAUUCAAAGAUGGACUUCUUGUUUUGUGUAAAAUGAAUUGCUUUCAGUAUUAUGCUGGAGUAUGCUGUUCAAGCCUUGCCCUUUCUUGGUAGUGGAGAUAUAGACUUUGGUAUGACCAAGGUGAAAGAAGGUAAGAGUGAAGCUGGAAGAAGGUAAUGAAUUUCAAAUGAUUUGGAAAGGUUGUGUUUAUAAUCAAAGGUGCCCUUACUUUUGGUACCAAAGAUUUCAGUGAUUUUGUAUGCAUUUUAGAGUUUUUUUUGUUUUUAUUGUUUUUAUAAAAAAAUUAAACAAUUAUUGAAAUGUGCAUUUAGUACUGCAAAGCUAUGCUGCUGAGAAAUAUAUUUUGUUAUAUUGUUUGUUUUUUUACAGAAAAGCCUAAUUUAUCUGUGUAAUGUCUUUUUUUCUUAAGCAUCUGUUUACAUUUUGAAAAUAAUUUUUGUUUUUUAUGCAUCUUCCAGGAAAAAUCCAAAUUCAAAAUGAAAUCUCUUGAAAGUUAAACUUUACAUUUUAUCAUCAGCAAAAAAUUGAGGAAAAUGUUCCCAUAAGUGAAAACAUACUGACAUACAGGAACCUGACAGAUUCAUGGUCCCAAAGACUUGUAUUAUCAUUAAUUUCACAUGAUUUUAAUACUGCUUAAAGCUGCAGAACACCAUCUGGAGAAGUAACCAAUUGGGAAAUUCUUUGAUAAAUGAUUGUUUCCAAUACCAGUUAAGAAAGCCUUGGAUAGUUUUAGAAUGUUGUGAAAAUUAAUAUUUUUUUUAUAAUAUCAGAAGAAGCUUUCAUAAAUCAGCUUGAAAACGCAACUAUUUACUUGUAGAAACACUUUGGCGCAGAUUUAUCAAGAGUCGAAGUGAAUUCGAGGGAAUUUUCUAAGUAAAAAAAUUCAUAAUUCAAAGUCAUU